UGGUUGGUGAGGCAGAGUUGGUUUGACAACGUUAUACUUUUAUUCAUAGCGUUGAACUGCAUCACGCUGGCCAUGGAAAGGCCUAAUAUACCUCCAGAUAGCACAGAGAAACUAUUUCUGCAAAGCUGCAAUUACAUAUUUUCUGUUGUGUUUGCUCUCGAAAUGUUUGUUAAGGUUAUAGCAGCAGGCAUGUGUUAUGGUCCAAAUGCAUAUUUUACUUCAGGAUGGAACAUAAUGGAUGGAUCUUUAGUAAUAAUAUCACUUGUAGAUAUAAUGAUGUUUCUAAUCAACGACACUACCUCUAGAAUAUUUGGAAUUUUGAGGGUGUUUCGCUUACUUAGAUCACUUCGUCCUCUUAGAGUAAUUAACAGAGCCCCUGGUUUGAAGUUAGUUGUACAAACGUUGUUAUCUUCUUUAAGGCCUAUAGGAAACAUAGUGUUGAUUUGUUGCACGUUCUUCAUUAUCUUUGGAAUCCUAGGUGUACAGUUAUUCAAAGGAACAUUUUUUUACUGCUCCGGAGAGAACCUCACUGAAAUAGUGACAAGACAAGACUGUUUAGAUAAGGGAUACGAGUGGAAGAAUCAAAAGUAUAAUUUUGACGAUCUAGUGCAGGCGCUGAUGUCACUUUUUGUAUUGAGUUCGAGAGAUGGAUGGGUGAAUAUUAUGUAUACCGGGUUAGACGCCGUCGGUGUUGACAAACAGCCCAUAGUAAACUACUCCGAAUGGAGGCUGUUAUACUUCAUAUCAUUCAUUUUGCUGGUUGGAUUCUUCGUACUGAACAUGUUUGUUGGAGUGGUGGUAGAGAAUUUCCAUAGAUGCAGGGAAGAACAAGAGAAGGAAGAACGAGUUAGAAAAGCUGCAAAGAGAGCACUGCAGCUAGAAAAGAGAAGGCGAAAGAUGAACGAACCUCCAUACUAUAUCAACUACGCGCCUUGGCGUCUAGAUAUACAUAAAAUCGUUACUUCCAAGUACUUUGACUUAGCUAUAGCGUUGGUCAUCGGAUUGAAUGUCAUCACUAUGGCCACGGAGAGGUAUAAAAUGCCCGAAUAUUGGGAGUACACUCUUAGGAUUUUCAAUUAUUUUUUCACCGCCGUGUUCAUAUUGGAGAGCACCAUGAAGCUCAUCGCUCUAGGGUUCAAAAUAUAUGUCAAGGACAGAUGGAAUUUACUCGACAUAGCAAUAGUGAUAUUCUCAGUGGUUGGAAUUGUGAUAGAAGAAAUUGUACAGGAUUUGAAAAUCAUUCCAAUUAAUCCCACCAUUAUUAGGGUAUUAAGAGUUAUGAGAAUAGCACGGGUGCUGAAGCUUCUGAAGAUGGCGAAAGGGAUCAGAGCACUAUUAGACACUGUGAUGCAAGCUUUGCCACAAGUCGGCAAUCUUGGACUGUUAUUUUUCUUGUUAUUUUUCAUUUUUGCUGCCUUAGGAGUUGAGCUGUUUGGGAGAUUAGACUGUAACAUCACGCCUUGUCAAGGCUUGGGUGAGCACGCUCAUUUUGAAAACUUCGGAAUGGCGUUUUUAACCCUGUUCCGGGUAGCCACUGGUGACAACUGGAAUGGCAUCAUGAAAGAUACUUUAGAUGACGAAUACUGUGACUCGAAGAACGACUGUGUGAAGAAUUGCUGCAUAUCACCCAUUAUAGCGCCCAUAUUUUUUGUAAUAUUUGUUCUGAUGGCACAGUUUGUGCUAGUCAAUGUUGUCGUUGCGGUGUUGAUGAAACAUUUGGAAGAAUCGCAUAAGAAUCUAGAAGAUGAGCAAGAAAUGGAUGCUCAACUGGAAAGAGAAUUUGUAGAAAAACAAGAAAUGAGCGAACGAAGAGAACUUUUCCUAGCUUUACAAUUGGAUCAAGAAUGCCAGUUCAAGCAACGACCUCUGACCAAAGUGUUGUCCCUCCCAUCAAAUUUCACGUACAACCCCCCCGGCACAAAAAUCACCCUAGAAAGACAACCCUCCCAGACCAGGAGGCAGACUCUGCACAGUCACCAACCCAUCAUGAUGUUCAACUUGGACGACAUCAGACACAUUGAUGACUCCCUGUCUGACAUCUAUAGCAUACAGGAAUGCAUCAUCGAGAGCUGUGAGAAGAAUGUCAGCUCGACGAAGAAACCGAUCAACAAUACAGACGACUCACCAAGUUCCCUCGGCCACCAACCCCAAAACGAACCCCUCUUAAGGCUCCCCAAAGCCGACGAUAAGCUGAAACGGACCAACGAGACCACGGAGCAAACAGGUAUGUUGAUGGUGCAACCCGAAAGCAAGUCUAUGCACAAGAUGUACGGCAGCACCAAGCAUCUAUUCACGAAGCAGUUCUCCAUGGAUGUCAACGAGGAAACGCCGUUUCUGCUGAUGGUACCUACCCAUCAACAAGGGAAGGACACCAAGCUCCCAAAGCACGACAGUCAAGAGAGCGUCCAAAGGAUUAUCAAAGAACGAAGACAACUGGACGAAAACCUAAGGGAAAUCGACCAAUACGACAUUUUCGACGUAACCAGAGACAACAGCGAUGAAGAUCUGGUAGACAGAGAAGAAGACGGAUAUCAAAAUGCUAAUGAUAAGUGUUAGUGGUAGACUCGAGUCCUUCUUAUCUCUUGUGAUGGUCUUAAAAUGUUCAGGCUAGAACAAAUAAAAUUCUACGUAAACGUUAAAAAAUCAAAAGUAUGUCUGUGUCAAGGAUAUUUUCAACGAAUUGUAUUAAAAAGGUCUGUAAGCUGUUAAAUAUUCAAAUUGUUUCUUCUCCUGUGCCUUUCUGUCUUCACAGCAGAGCAUCAUCUUCAUUUCUAUCGAUGAUAGGUUCUAGGUUACAAAUGUACACCUCGUACUAAUUAGUUAAUAAAAAGUAU